CCCGGCGCUGCGGGGGGCGGGGCCGAUGCCUGGCCAGGGGCCCGGCGGCGGCGCGGAGCCCGCGCGCGGGCGGCGGCGGGAGCGCGGCGAGAGCUCCGAGUCCCGGGACAGGCGCCGCGACGGCAAGCGACGUCGCGAAGCUGUGGCCGACAGGGGCUGGGACGGGAAAGACCCCAAGAGGGACGGCAAGAAGGAGAAGGACGGACCGCCGGGAGAAGGACCGCAGGCGCGAGGAUAGCGCUCCGGCGCCAGAGGCCUCGGCGGACCAGAGGAAGGGGCAGGGGGGCCGCGGCGGCGGCGAAAGCGCCCGAAGAGAGGAGCAGCCCGGUGCUGUCGCGGGCGGGCGCGGACAAGAAGUCCUGGCGGCAGGAGCGGCCUGAGGGGGGUGGGGACCAGCGGGACCUGUCCACCGACGAAGAGGCCCGCGACAAGAAGCUGGAGGAGGCCCGGAAGCGCCGCGAGGCCAUCAUGAAGGCGAAGAUGGCCUCCGACAAGGGCGGCGAGGCCCCAGGCCCCGGGGUGGUUGGAGGCGAGAAGCCCGCCGACAGCGGCUCGGCCCGGGCGGGCCGCGAGACCGCCGGCGCGGAGGACGAGGCGAAGGGGGCAGAGGAGAAGAAGGAGGGGAUGGGAGACAUGUUCGACGAGCGCGCGGAGGCGGCCGACGAGCUGAAGAAGGCGAUGCGGCAGUCCGCUGCCAUCGGCCUCACGGGCGCCUCCGGGGAGGACUGGGACGACGCGGAGGGGUACUACAUCCCCAAGAUCGGGGAGGUCAUGGGGGACCGCUUCCUCGUCGUGGAGACGUCCGGGGGCCGCGGCGUCUUCUCGAACGUGGUGAAGGCCAAGGAUCAGCAGGCGGAGGGCGACCAGGCCGGCGCCUUCGUGGCCGUCAAGAUCCUCAGGGCCAACGCCAUGAUGACGAAGGCCGCGGAGCAGGAGGUCAGCAUCCUGGAGCGGCUCAACGCGGCGGACAAGAAGGACAAGCGGCACAUCAUCCGCCUGCUCUCCACGUUUGCGUACCGGAAGCACUUCUGCCUCGUGUUCGAGGGUAUGCAGGACGACCUGCGAGGGGCGCUGAAGAAGUACACCAAGAACAAAGGCAUGCACCUGCCAGCGGUGCGCGCGUACACGCAGCAGCUGAUAGUCGGCCUCGGGCACAUGCACAAGAUGAAGAUCAUACACGCCGACAUCAAGCCCGACAACAUACUGAUCGCCAAGGGGCACCAGGUCGUGAAGUACUGCGACCUAGGCACGGCCAUCGAGUUCAAGGACAUCAACGUCACCCCUUAUUUGGCGAGCCGGUUCUACCGCGCGCCCGAGGUGAUACUCGGGUGCGUGUACGACGAACAGGUCGACACGUGGGCGCUGGCGUGCACGCUGUUCGAGAUAUUCACGGGCAAGACGCUGCUACAGAGCAAGACGAACAACGACCACCUGAGAAAGAUCAUGGAGCUGAAGGGCAAGAUCCCGGGUAAGGUGAUCAAGAAGGGCGCAGUCUGGAAGAACCAUUUCUCAGACGAGCUGGACUUCAAGCACCUCGUGGACGAUCCUGCCAGCGGCCAGCAGGUGGUGAAGGUCGUCACUGACCUGAACGCCACCAGGAGCCUGAAGGAUCUCGUCCUGGAGAGGGUGGGGAAGGAGAAGCAGCAGUCCGAGGCCCCGGAGGACCAGGCAUACUGCAAGAGGGCCGUCCAGUUCGCGGACCUGCUGGAGAAGAUGACUGACCCGGCGAACCGGAUACGGCCCGACGACGCCCUGCAGCACUCGUUCCUGCAGGACACGCCCGCCGAGAGGCGGGCGAAGGAGGACGCGGCCAGGCAGGCGGCCAGAGAGCGGCAGGACGCUGCCCGGAGCGGCCGGCGGCCCCGCGCGCGGCCCGCCGCCGGCCUCUGCGCGGCCCACCGCGGCGCGCGCGCGGCGGCCGCGCGCGCGGCCGUGCGCCCUGCUGCGGGGCGCCCGCUGUGGGCUGCCCGCUGCGGGGCCCGCGGCGCGGACCUCGCAGUCUCCGUGAAGAGCCAGCUCGGGAAAGACAGGCGCCUGCCAGAGUCUCACCUCGCGGAGCACUUCGACGACGACUUGCCUCAGGAUCUCUUCCUGGGUUGCGCGAAGUGGGUUCUGCUCCCGCUCGUGGAUGGCGGCCUGCGGGCUCCGCCGAGCUGCCCGGUGCAGAGUCCGCCUGAGGUGGAACCGCGUCUUGCAGAUCCCCGGUUCUGA